AUGGGUUUUGACCUGAAUCAAACUCCUGAAGAUACUCUAUCUCAAGGUAAUUUUCCAUCAACUACUCCAAUUACAAUUCCAUCUCCAAUUAAUACAAUUCCAUCUCCAAUUACAAUUCCAUCUCCAACUAUUAGAGAUUUAAAUCAAUAUUGUCUCAUCGAUUUGAAUGAAUGCUACCCGGAAGAAAAUGAUGAUGAACCAGAACCUAUUCGCCAUGGAAAUAAGAAGAAGAAUUUAACUUCUGAUGUGAAGAGAAGAAUUCUUGAAAAAUUGAUGCAAGGGAGCAUAGAUGGGAAACUUCACAGGGGACUAAUCACUGAUACUGCGGCUCGGUUUGGAGUUGGAUUUCGAAAGGUUUCAAGAUUAUGGAAUUGUGCAAAACUGGCUAAUGCAAAUGGAGAUGUAGUUGAUAUCUCUUCUAAGAUGGUCAAUAGAGUUGGUAGAAAGAGAAUUCAAUUAGAUUUAGAUAGAAUUAAGUUGAUACCUCUUCGCAAACGAACAACAAUAAGAGGAAUAACACACGAACUAAACUUGUCAACAUCAACCGUACAUCGACUAAUCAAGAAUGGAAAUCUUCGACCACAUUCAAAUGCCUUGAGGCCGGGACUUAUGGAUGAAAACAAGAUAGCAAGGGUGAAGUUUUCUGCUUGGAUUAUAAGGAGGUCUAACUACCACAACGUUAUAAGGGUUAAUGAAGUUCAGGAGCACAUAGACAUUUCUGGUGUUCAACAUUAUGCAAUCAACAAUGCUGAAAUCGUUUUUCUCAACGAACACCCUCAAUUAAGACAUGGUAAAGGAGUUACAAAUACAUGUGAAAUUUGUGCCAGGACUUUGCUUGAUUCAUUCAGAUUUUGUUCUUUGGGUUGUAAGGCGAAGAAGAUGAUGUAUGUUGUCGAAGAAUCUGUGGAAAAGCUUUCCAAGUAA